CUCAGUCGGUUGCUCGCUGCCUUGCGGGAAACAGAUGGCGCUGGGAGAUGGCGUGUGUUAAAUGUAAUUCAAUUUUGCCGCAAUCAACGUGUGCACAUUGCACAUUAGCUCUGUUUAAUAAAUGAUGUGAAAUAUCCUCGAUGCCGUACAAGAUCGCGCUAUUGGUCUCAAUAAUGAUUUUCGCAUUUUACGCUUUGUGUAUGCUCGGAUUUUUAAUUGUCAAUCAACCUACACCUUGUGCGAGCCAAACGCCGUGUCCUGAAGGCGAGCCAUGUCCAGCGUCGUGCUGUGACCCAGCGACUUCACCCUCGCGGGACCCCGACGAAACUAUCAAGGAGUAUGGUUACCCUUGGUACGCCCAAUGGCCGGUGCUCUUUCUACUGGGCACGUUGGGCGGCAUCCUGUUCUGCUGCAUCUGGUGCCUGCUGUACAAGAGGUCUGGUCAGGUGUUCAUGUGUUCGUUCGCGUGUUGCGUGCGCCGGCCAGCCUCGGAACGUGACUCUGCGGGCUCCGUGUACCCGCCGCCGCGAUACAGUCGAUGCGGCUCCUUCCAUCAGGCGCCCCCGCCUUAUUCUGAAGUGACAUCCAAACCAGACUUGUACCCCCUGGUGAUCACGUACGGAGACAAUGACGCCAAGUCCGGGGGCAAUUACCUUAUGGUACACUACUUCAGGAACUACGUGAUAAGAGCACCAGGCUCUUUAUCAGCGACGAGUACUGCAGAAUCUCUCAAUUCCAGCUUCAUAUGCAACGCAGCAAAUGAGGCAAAUUCGAUCAUACCGCCACCGUACUCAUGCGCGAGCAACUACGAGGAGUGCGGUGCGGUGGGGUGCGGGAGAUCGCUGCUACGCUCCCUGUCCUCACUGACGGAGCCCCGGGAGACGAGGGAGCCGCGCGAACCGAGGGACUCACGUGCCAUCGCCCUGCGCCGCGCCCCCGACAACGCGCCCAUCCGACAUCGCGAAGCGCCCACCACUUUUCGAGAAAAUCUGAUCACAUCACCGGUCCAGCCGCUUGACCCUUCAUAUGACCUCGAAUUGGAACUGAUAGACUGCGAGAUGUACUGCGAUGGAGGCUGCAAACCGCGGCUAGGUUCUUCGCCGCCGGUACAUCGCUCGCCAUCCAACGCAGAGGAAAUUCUGUUGGAACACGAGCCCUAUGGCUUGCGGCAUUUAUUCGCCUGCCCUUCACCAGAAGUUCCUGGUACCUGCGAGUCGCCACCCCAGCCAACCAGUCCUACCCAGACUUCACGCGACUCCACACUCCGUAGGCCAAGUGACGAUCGUCGUCACCGGCGUAUAGAAUGUGCCAAGAAAACACCGAAAGCGAGAAAAUCGAGCUUAUACAUGCCACUUUCUGUGGCAUACCCAGUUAGGACUUCGCGGAUCUCGCCUGGAGCACGUGCUUCUUCGCGUUCCGCCCCCGCUACUCCUUGCAGUUCUCUUGUGCCCAAUAUCCUCACGUUCACCCAGAGGGUAUCCGCAUCAAGGCACAGCUCAAGGUCGUCGAGACUAGAAGAAGAAAAGGACCCCUUACUAACCGAGACGGAAAUACACACCGACCACAAGUUUUAGACUUACAGUUACAGUUGGAGGGUGACCAGUGGAUGACACAGCUUUUCCUAAUAAAUUCCCUGAAGCAUGUUCUUUAAUGUAUAAAUACUGAUUUAAUGAAAAUAGUCUGAAGGAAGUAACGGCCUAUACUCUCGGAACCCCAGCCAUCUAAUAGCCAAAGUGUCGGUGAACACCACAGUGUAAAUGUUGUGAUUAUUUGUGCUCAUUAUAAGGUAGAGCAGCAAUUAAAUAGUUAGUGUAAAUGUUAUUCAAUUAUAUUGCCAUUAAGAAAAGAGCUUGUUGGACCAUUGUUCACUUGCCUUCUAAUAAUAAAAAUAAAUGAAAAUUAAUAUGUAAA